GGAUGCCUGCAGCCACACCACCAGCCGAAAAUGGCGCGCCGCGCAGCGAGUUGGAACAACUCCAAUUACGAGCCGGCGAAGUUACUGAUGAGUCACUGGAAUCAACUCGGCGUAUGAUGCAACUAUGCGAGGAGAGCAAGGAGGCCGGCAUACGAACUCUGGUCGCUCUAGAUGACCAGGGAGAGCAAUUGGAUAGAAUUGAGGAGGGGAUGGAUCAGAUAAAUGCAGAUAUGCGUGAGGCCGAGAAGAAUCUGUCUGGAAUGGAGAAGUGCUGUGGUAUCUGCGUGUUGCCUUGUAACAAGGGAGCAUCUUUCAAGGAAGAUGACGGUACAUGGAAGGGCAACGAUGACGGUAAGGUAGUCAACAACCAGCCGCAACGGGUGAUGGAUGAGCGCAAUGGCAUUGGACCGCAAGCUGGAUACAUUGGCAGGAUAACAAAUGACGCUCGCGAAGAUGAGAUGGAAGAGAACAUGGGUCAAGUGAAUACUAUGAUCGGUAACUUGCGUAACAUGGCCAUUGACAUGGGCUCUGAACUUGAGAACCAGAACAGGCAGAUCGACCGUAUCAACCGCAAGGGUGAGAGUAACGAGACGCGUAUAGCAGUCGCGAACCAGCGAGCGAAUAAACUACUCAAAUCUUAAACUGAUUGCGACAACGGUUGGCAGAAUGACGCUAAUCAUUUCUCAAAUGUUCUAUUAUUUCUGGUAUGACCAUUUUACAAUCAUAAUAUCGGAUUGUAACAAUGAAAAACCGAAUUCUGGUUUUAGAAUUUAUCGAUUAAACUUUGCUGUGACAUUUAGCUUCUAGAUUUUAUUCUUCCAUUUCUUAAUAUAGAUGGUAUUUUUUCUUGGACCAAGUUUUUCAGUACAAAUAGUCUCACAUAUCAGCUUUAGCGUCAUUUUGUGAACAGUACAGUAAAAGUAGUUGGAACGUGGAUACAAUAAAUAGAAGAAUUGAUAUAAUGUAUAGAGAUGUUAUAACUAUAGAUAUAACCCAGUUUCUGGCCGACUCCGACACGACAAACGCAUUAAAGGCAACCCCGAGACUUGAUACGACAUUACUUUUUGACAGGUGUGACCCACUAACGAAAAUUUGUAUAAAUACGGUCACGUGACUUAGCGUGAGCUAAUGUCAUUCCCAUAUAAAUUUGUUUAGCGUUAGUGGGCCACGACUGUCGGAUAGCGAUGUUGUCGCAAGCCCCUAUUCCAUAAAGAAAAAUAAAUCUAAAUUCUAGAAAAGAUUCACUAUAACUUUGUUAUAUGCUUAUUGUAACGUAUCCUGUCAAGUUUUGUGGUUCUAUAAUGCACAAAAUUUCUUUAAUGUGCCAAAAGUAUUUGAUUAUUUCAAGCGAUAAAUUCCUUUAAAAUUAUUAUAAGCUAGUCUUAUUUGCACUGCUAGGAUUUUAUAUAAUUUGGGCGUCAAAUGUAAUGGCCGAUGUGAAUCAAAAAUUAUAUUCAAUAGAUCAGUUUGAAAUUCGAAUAAUAAUUAAAUUAAGAAUGACAAAUUGUUCGAAAUUCAAAAUAACAUAAAUUCGUUAUUAAAAGCAACAACUUCAUAACGUUAGAUACUUCUCAACGGUCAUAGGUUUUUGUGCUUGUCCAUUCUAUUAUAUAAUCUUAUUUAUGAUUUAAAAAUCGAAACUUUAUAAUAAUUGAUUAUAAGCAUUUCUGUAAUUAGUCAUUCGUUUUAGGUUAAGUGAUUUGUGCCUGAAUAAUAUUAAUUUUAGUUUACUAUCGUUUCUAGUUUCGCUAACAUAUAUUCCAACAUUUCAAUUGUUAUUGUGGUCCACAAAGGGUUUUAUACAAAAGGACAUAUUUUUAAUUAUGUAUAAUGUUAAAGUGUAAAUCAUAUCUAGUUGUUAUCUCUUCUUUGCGUUGGAAAUAAUAA